AAAUAAUUUGAUCACCCUCUUCCCACAAAACACCUUUCAGUCUCACUAAUCUCAUGUCAUACUACUAGGCUUCAAAAGGGUUGCCUAGAGAGAGAAAGAGGGUGUGUAAUUAAGAGAGAGAGAACAAUGGCUGCCUCAUUACAAGCAGCGGCUACGCUGAUGCAACCCACCAAGGUGGGCCGAGUCAACCUACAGCAGCAGCUGAGGUCCUCACAGAGAGUGUGCAAGGCCUUUGGGGUCGAACCCUCUGGUGGUGCCAGGCUCACUUGCUCUCUACAGUCCGAUCUCAAGGAUUUGGCUCAAAAGUGUGCCGAUGCCACCAAGAUUGCUGGCUUUGCUCUUGCUACUUCUGCGCUUGUUGUCUCGGGAGCAACUGCUGAAGGAGUUCCAAAAAGGCUAACCUAUGACGAAAUCCAGAGCAAGACAUACCUUGAAGUGAAGGGAACUGGUACUGCUAACCAAUGCCCAACCAUUGAUACUGGAUCCGGCAGCUUUGCCUUCAAGCCCGGCAAAUACAAUAUGAAGAAGCUCUGCUUGGAACCAACAUCUUUUACUGUAAAGGCUGAGGGUGUGAGCAAGAAUGCCCCACCGGAGUUUCAAAAAACCAAGCUCAUGACUCGCCUAACCUACACCCUUGAUGAGAUUGAGGGACCCUUUGAAGUAUCUCCCGAUGGCAAAGUCAAGUUUGAGGAGAAAGACGGAAUCGACUACGCAGCUGUCACGGUUCAGCUGCCUGGUGGCGAGCGCGUACCCUUCCUCUUCACCAUCAAACAGCUGGUGGCGUCUGGCAAACCGGAGAGCUUUGGUGGAGAGUUUCUUGUACCAUCAUACCGGGGUUCAUCUUUCUUGGACCCAAAGGGAAGGGGUGGUUCUACUGGUUAUGACAACGCGGUUGCGUUGCCAGCAGGAGGAAGAGGAGAUGAGGAGGAGCUUGUUAAGGAGAACAUAAAAAAUACUGCAUCAUCGACAGGGAAGAUUACUCUGAGUGUAACUGACAGCAAGCCUGAUAGUGGAGAGCUGAUUGGAGUAUUCGAGAGCAUUCAGCCUUCUGAUACUGAUCUGGGCGCAAAGGUUCCAAAAGAAGUGAAGAUCCAAGGAAUCUGGUAUGCUCAACUCGAGUAAUAGUGAAUUUUUAGCAUUGAUUUACUUAAAUCUCUUUCGUUCAGAUUUUGUUAUCAAGUUGAAUUUGUUGUGAACUUUCCUGUAACCCUGCUAGAGAAGCAUUGAACUAAUAUCUUUCUUGUAUAUUAUUAUGGCUGCUUAUAAUAAAUUUUUGAGAUUUUCAUUUA